AGAAUGGCAAUGAAUAAUCGUGAUCCUUCAAUAAUCAAUCAGGUUUUAGGUGAGAGAAUUUUCAAAGUUUGAAGUUGUAUUCUGUCUGGGUCUGUCUCAGAUGCCUUUAAUAUAAACAAUUCUUCUUCCCCACUAUCCUCCUUUGACAAAAGCCAGUCAACCAGCCAGCCUCAGAACUACGAAGCUACGGUGAUACGAGACUUCCCCAUAUUUUUCUUCGAAAGUCAGCUAACAUCAAGGAUUCAGUACUCUACAUAUGUCUAACUGUCAAAACAGAGCUGACCAAGCUUUGCAGAAGUUAAGAGGGAGAGGAGGUUGGAGGCGAGCAAGAGAAUUUUGACCUACAACAAGUAGGAGUUCUAAUAAGUCGAUCGAUUGAAGCAAACCUUUUAACAACAGAGGUUUCCGUCAUAUUUUCAACAGGUUGGUUUGAGAUUUUUUUCAUUUGGGUUUCUGUUAUCAAAAUCUGCAGAGCAGAAUCAAUUGUUUCUGGGUAAUAUUCAGGGCUCUGCCUUCCAAAAUGGGAUGCAUUUCUUCAAAAUUCGUGACCAGAUCAAACAGUUUUCAUGAAGGGCAAAAUCAAAGUUUGCAGAGAGCCAAUGACAUUCCUGUGCUGGAGGAACCAAACAUGUCCUCUAGUGGCAGCGACCACUAUCUUGCUCUUGUCCGCACUGCUAACAUGGUAGCCAAAAAACUCCAAUCUUGGGAUUCCAAUUCAAACACAUGUUCCAAACGAGACAUUGAACCUGCUAGAACUGAGACUGAUAACAAAUGGGAGUUGAUAGCAAGUUUAGAUCAAGGAGUAGUAGAGCAUGCCCAGCCAGCUCCAAAAGUAAUGGGAUCCAUUAAUACUGAUUUCAGAAGGCGGUCUAGAAGUUGUCAUUGGUCUCCAGAGCAUCGAGUGUCUUCCUUUGCUGUGGAGGUUACUGAGGGGAUUAAGGAAGAGAAAUCUUAUAGGCGUUAUAAGGGUAUGGCACGCAGCAGAAGUAUACACACAGUAGAAGAAUAUGAUGCAAUGUUAGAAAAUAUACGAUCUGGUGUGCAGCAAAGAUGGCUCGAUGGCAAGGAUUACGGUUCCAACAUGCAGCAGGAGUAUACCAACACGAAACCUCUUGGUUCUGAAACCUCAUCAAAGAAAUCUUACUAUGCCGAGGACAAAGAAGAGUCUGGUUUGCAGGAAAUGAAACAAUUGUGCUUAAAGGAUGAAGCUUUGGUACUUGAGUACACUACUGAAGACUUGAUGAGAUCAGAAGCAGAAACCAAGGUGGCAAUGCCGAGUCCUAACAGCAACAGCUCAAGUUCAGGUCAAGAAAACCGAGAAGUGAUCCCAUCUCCUAGUAGCUCCAGCUCAACCAACGAAUCACAUUUGUUUGAGGGUGCUGGUCAAGAAGGACGCAUGUUUGGGAAGGGAUUUAAAAGAAAGGAAAUUUCCGAGGAGUUAGAAUCACUGAGAAUCCCACCAAACUUUGAACUCCCAACAAUUUUAAGUCUUAGGGAAUGGCUUCAUGUUGGGGGUCAAGUCUACUCUCCUGGAUCUCAUGCCACUCCCAAGUAUGGUAGUUAUUCUUUACCAAUUCGUGGUACUGCAAGUGAAUGCAGUGAAGACUUCAUCUUCAAUCCAGAAUUGGUGGCUGCCUAUGAGCAAUGUAUGCACCAACUUGAAGCAGAAGAAGAAAGCGUUAUCCAGCAAAUUGUGGAGGGUUCUGAAGAAGAAUGUACUAAAGAUAAGCAUGUCAAAUUCUAUCCCGCAGAGAAAAUCAAGAGCAUGUAGUUCACAAUCCUCCCAUUAGGAGAUACAGCAAAGCAAUAUUAAUCAACAAAUGUAGUGGUAAAUACAUGAUUGUCCUGUCAGGAAGGGAAUAAAACAUAUAUAUUUACAAAGA